ACGUUACCAAAGUUUCAAUAUUAGUUCAGCACGCUGUUUCCCGGGUACUGUGUUCAAAAUAGGAAAUUAAGGCUCACAAAACCUUUAAUUUAAACGUUUUUCAAAAUGUCUACGGCAAAAAUGCUGUCAGUGGGAGGGGAGAGAACCUCUGGGGAUACAGUCAGAAAUCAAAAUGUGACUGCUGCGUUAGCUGUCGCUAAUAUUGUGAAGAGUUCUCUUGGACCCGUUGGCCUCGAUAAGAUGCUUGUUGAUGAUGUUGGAGAUGUGACAGUCACUAAUGAUGGUGCUACAAUUCUGAAGCUACUGGAGGUUGAACACCCAGCAGCCAAGGUUCUUGUAGAACUAGCUGAUCUUCAAGAUCAGGAAGUAGGAGAUGGAACUACAUCAGUGGUUAUUAUUGCAGCUGAGCUGUUGAAGAACGCAGAUGAGCUUGUCAGACAGAAGAUCCAUCCAACUACAAUCAUCAGUGGAUACAGACUGGCCUGCAAGGAGGCUUGUAAGUAUAUCCAGGAGCAUCUGACCAUCGGUGUAGAGGAGCUUGGUAAAGAUUGCAUCAUCAACGCAGCUAAGACGUCCAUGUCUUCUAAGCUUAUCGGACGCGACUCUGACUUCUUUGCUAAUUUGAUCGUUGAUGCCGUGAACGCAGUGAAGCUGACCGACCCUAAGGGUAUCGUACGCUAUCCUAUCAAGGCCAUUAAUAUUCUCAAAGCACAUGGUCGUAGUGCUAAGGAGACUGUCCUGGUGAACGGAUAUGCACUCAACUGUAUGGCAGCUUCACAAGCGAUGGUGAAGCGAGUAGUCAACGCUAAGAUUGCUUGUCUUGACUUCAGUCUACAGAAAGCUAAGAUGCACCUCGGUGUCCACGUCAUUGUUGAAGACCCAGCCAAAUUGGAUGCAAUCAGACAAAGGGAGUCGGAUAUCACAAAGGAGAGGAUUCAGAAGAUAAUCAAUGCUGGAGCCAACGUGAUUCUAACCACAGGAGGCAUUGAUGAUUUAUGUCUCAAGUACUUUGUGGAAGCUGGAGCCAUGGCCGUCAGACGAUGCAAGAAACAAGAUCUUAAAAGGAUUGCUAAGGCAACUGGAGCCCAGUUUUUGGUAUCUCUUGCUAAUCUGGAGGGUGAGGAGACAUUUGAAGCUUCCAUGUUGGGCCAAGCUGAAGAAGUCUGCGUCGAACGAGUCUGUGAUGAUGAACUGAUCUUGAUCAAAAGCCCCAAGGUACGAAACGCAGCGUCAGUCAUCCUACGUGGAGCUAAUGACUAUCAGUGUGAUGAGAUGGAGAGAUCUCUACAUGACGCUCUCUGUGUCGUCAAACGAGUCUUAGAGAGUAAGACAGUCGUACCAGGAGGUGGCUCUGUGGAAGCUGCUUUGUCUAUCUACUUGGAGAACCUUGCAACGUCAUUGAGUUCCAGGGAGCAGCUAGCCAUUGCUGAGUUUGCAAACUCUCUGUUGGUCAUUCCUAAGACUCUAGCAGUCAAUGCUGCUAAGGAUUCUGUGGAUCUUGUUGCUAAGCUACGUGCUUAUCACAACACGUCUCAGAUGGAAGCAGAUCGUGCUGACCUCAAAUGGGUUGGUCUGGAUCUUGUUGAAGGCGUCGUCAGAGAUAAUAAGAAAGCCGGUGUCUUCGAGCCAGGUAUCUGCAAGAUUAAGUGUCUGAAGUUCGCCACUGAGGCGGCAAUCACGAUCCUUAGAAUCGAUGACAUGAUCAAGCUAGCGCCGGACGAGCAAGAGUCCAUGGGACGCCAUUGAUGCUCACUUACAUAAUCGUAUAAAAUUAAAUGUUACUUAAAAAAGUUUGUGUGUUGUUGUGUGAAUGUGACUUAUGCUUCUGUGAACCUAAAGGGUGCACAAACUGUGUAAUAGAAACAUUUGUUGCGUAUGAGCAGACGUUAAGUAACAAUGUGCUGUGCUCAAUAAAAAAAGCUGUAAGCAGUGAAACUUGCUUCAUGAAAUAAUUUUGGUUAGCAGUGAUGACUUUGUGGCUGGUAACCUGUUUUUGCUAAGCGAGAUUUCUCCAUGCUAAGCAAGAUUGUUUGAUAGCCUUUACGAAACACUGUUAGCAUUAGUAUCUUUCUUUUUUUACGAGCCAGACAAGGCAAUUUUUUUCUGUUGAACUAAAGAACGGAAUAACAUGUUGAGAUGAGGGAGUGAGUGUGGUUUCGUUUAAAGGUAGGGUCAUAGAUUGGUAAAUACUCCAACAAACAAUGACAAUUGAGAAGCACUAGCUGUUGAUUGUAUAAACUAUUCUGAGAAGGGAUUCCCUUCAAAGUAGUCUGGUUUGAAUAACUUGUCUCCCAAAAACAGUUGAAUCUUGGAAACAUUUUAUGUAUGAAUCGUUUCUCAUAUUAUCUGAGGGUUGGUGUUCAUCUGGUAUACGAUGUCGCUAAAUAUGAAUGGACUCAUCGUUCUUGUGAAAAUAUUGUGACAGCUAUUUGCUGCAAGGAGACGCAGUAUUCAUAUGACUUUUAUUGUAUCUUUCUUGAUAAUGUUGCCUAUAAAUCAGUAUUGUUGAAAAAUCUCAAUCUAUGACCCUACCUUUAACACUAUAAUCAGCAACCAUGGUCAAGUUCGAGCGAGGGACUAAAAUCGACCAUUGGCCGAUUUUGCCUGGUACCCAGGAUGUAUUGUAUGCAUAGGUAACCAUGGAAUAUUGACUAGUGGUUGACAAAUGGUCACCACUCAAACUUGCCUUGCAUCUUGUUCCGAGUCAUUGGAACCGUCGUGCAUUAUUUCUUUGUAUUAUACACUGUCCUUGUAAACUGCUUGCUGUGGGUAGGGUUUUUUCUGGGGGGGGGGGGGGUUCAAAGGUUCUUGUUCGGCUAAAUUUAAAAAGAUUUCUUGUUUUCCAUCAAAAAUACUAAUAGGCUCAGGACAAGGUUCAUAACAUUGUGCAAAAAUGCUAAGAACUCUCAUUAUUUCAAGAUUCAGGUAGGAAUAAGGGUGCCUUAUGACUGGUCUUGCGCUAUUGACUGUAUUUAUGCAUCAUCAUUAAAUAGUGUAGUUGGUGUCAAGCCUUGGGUAGUCUCCCCUAACAACAAGCCAAUGUAGUCUCUGGUCAUGUUAUCAUGGUUAUAAUAUUAAACAAGGUGCACCAAGGAACAAAAUUCUGGUUUGAAUGAAGACUAUAAAGCAUUGUCCGCACUAAAGGCAGUGGACCCUAUUGGUAAUUACUCAAAAUAAUUAUU